CAGGUAAGAUCACAGCUGACAUCUAGCUCUGUUUAAUCUAUCAAUCACUCCGGGAUCAGGUGUCGAGUGUGUCGUCUCUGAUAGUAUAAAUUGUGUUUCUUGGGAUACGCCUAAUUAAGGGUCGAAUGUUGCUGUGUUAUUUCUAAAAUCAUAACUUGUCCUCGUCGCUGCUCCUGGGCUGUCAGGGUGAGAAUUAUCUGUGCUUUAAAAGCAACAGCUGGCGUGCAGGACUCACACAAACUACCGAUGUACCGCAAACACCGGCACCGGAGUGAGGAGAAUCACCGUGUUAUUACUAGAAGUAUCACGAGUCUGUUAUGUGAAGAGCUUGAAAUCAUCGUACCAGCAUGUUUACCUCUUUUAUCCAGCUUUCUAAGAAAAGGUUACAGAAGGAACUGCUAGCCUUGCAGAGUGACCCUCCUCCUGGAAUGACCCUAAACGAGAAGAGCGUAGAGAACACCAUCACACAAUGGAUUGUGGAUAUGGAAGGAGCCUCUGGUACUCUUUAUGAGGGGGAGAAAUUUCAGCUUCUUUUUAAAUUUAGUAGUCGUUAUCCCUUUGACUCACCUCAGGUAAUGUUCACAGGAGACAAUAUACCGGUCCAUCCCCAUGUUUAUAGCAAUGGCCAUAUCUGCCUGUCCAUAUUAACGGAGGAUUGGUCACCAGCUCUUUCGGUGCAGUCUGUUUGUCUUAGCAUUAUUAGCAUGCUGUCUAGCUGUAAAGAGAAGAGGCGGCCUCCUGAUAACUCCUUUUAUGUACGGACGUGCAAUAAAAAUCCAAAGAAGACAAAAUGGUGGUAUCAUGAUGAUACUUGUUAAUAUGAACUUUCUAGAACUCCAGAAGGGAAGAAGUCCUACUGACCUAUAAAAGCACUUUUUGAAAUCAUAUGGUCUCUGAACUUUAACCUUGGACUCAAACUCAAGCAUGGACUCAGACCACAAACAUGGGAGAUGAUGUCAGCUGUGUUACCGGUGGCCAGUUGGAUGCAUGUUUGGGAAAACCAAAAAAACUGUCGGAGAAUGGAAGUCUAUUUUUGAAGAGGAUGGAAGCGGACCCGUGAAGGGGUUGGUGUGGAAAAACUUAGAAAAAUGUAUGAAAAAGGAUUAUUUCCAUCUUGGACCAUACAUAUUCCUGUUCAUUUUUGUCAUUGGUAUGUUUUAAGGUCCAUGUGUCUUGUGCAUUAACAAAGGAUAGGGGCAUAGCAGGGCCAAUAAUGAGAAAUCCAAAUCAAAUUAGAGAAAUCCAAAACCAAUCUGGAAAUCAUUGCUUUUUCUUUUCAUAUUCCUACUGAAAUGUUAUGCACUGUGAUGACAGACUAGUUCAUUCUAACAAAGAUAUAGCGCACCUCUUCAGAGAGUUUCUGAUGUUUCACUGUAAAUAGAUUCAUUUAAGAAAGAGACUUUUUUUUUAUCUCAUUCAUCUCAAGCUCUGCUAUCACUGCAAAUGGUGGUUUCAUUGUCACUUAAGACUAUAAUUGGUCCGUUUGAGCAUCUAAACCAACCUUGACCAUCCAUAAACUCACAUUUACCUCUGCCAAGUCAUGUGGGAUGGAACCAGUGUUGAGUGUAGGUUUGCCAUUAAAGCAGAGCUAUAGGUAACCCAGAAUAUUGAAUGUUAUCAAGAAACUUCUGUCUUGUGUUCGAUUUUAUUUGUAUAAAAUGUUUUUGUUGAGGCAGUAGUUCAAAAUUAUGUUCAACUAUUCCAUUAAUUUGCUUCACCUUUAUCACCUUUCUUUUUGUGCAAGUAAUGAAAGAGAGUUAAAAGAUGGCAGUACUGUAUGUUCAACAGUGUACAUCUUGUUUAAUUAUUGGUAUUUGUUUUAUUCUCUGUAACCUCAGAUGGUUUGGAAGUUAUUGUGGUUUAUAUAUUCAAAAGAUGUUGAUCAUCUGGUCAUGCUUGCCUGGCUCAGGUAAAUUCUUCCAAGGACGAAAAAAAAAAAUCACAAAUAUUCCUAAAUGUUUUCCAUUUGAUUAUAUUUUCUCCCAAAGGACUGUUACGUAGUUUAGGGGGGAAAAAAACGAAAUAUGUAUAAUGUGUAACUCCUAAAAGUGAGAUUAAUUAACCUGGCAGCAUGCAGAUACACAAAUUAUGUUAUUGGAGAGCACAUAUUUGAUAAUAUUUAGAUCCUGCACGUUUUUCAAAAUGAAAUGAUUUCAAUCCUCCCAAAAAUUAGUGUUAUUAUGAUCAGAGAUUAUCUGGUACUUUGUCUUUUGGGUUUUCUGGGAUUAAAAAAAAAAAAAAAAAAAAAAACACUUUUUGUCCCCAACAAUUGUAUUUCGUUGCUGUUAGCUAUCUGAUCAGUAAUGUGAGAUCUCACACUGUUUAUUAACUUCAUACACUCCAAAGAUGUAUUUUUAGCCAUCUAUUCAGAAAUACUUGAAUAUUCUAAACCUGUUUGGCUUGUCUUCUUUUCCAUCGUCUGUGGUACAGUGUACUUAGACUUGCUAAUGAAUGUGUUGGUGUAGAAAAAAAUGGAGAUGGCCAUGACUCUUCCCUCUGCACACAAUA